ACGCUUCCUUUCCUUUCCCUUCAUCAUUAUCAUUUCAUUCUUUAAUUCCUAUCCCCUCCCAUGGAGAAGCAGAGGGUUGGGUCGCUCUCCAUCUUCGCCAUUGUCAUCUCCCUCGCCAUUCUCUCCUUCGUCUCCUGCGUCAUUGCCGAGAUCAAGAAAGUCAAGAGGAAGGAUGUGAAAUUGCAGAAUGAGCUCUGCUACCUGCCCGAGAGCCACGCGUUCGGAUUCGGGAUCGCGGCGAUCGUUUCCUUAGUUGUCGCUCACACAUUGACCAACUUGUUGAUUUGCAGCAACUUCUUCCCCUCUCUCUGCUCUUCUUCUUCUUCCAGAAAGAAGCCCACUUCCCCUCCUCUGCCUCCUUCCACUUCUGUUUCUUCUUCCUCUGCCUCCAAGAAGAAGCCCUCCGUCCCCGCCCUUCUCCUCCUCCUCCUCUUCUCCUGGGCGAGUUUUGGGCUAGCGGUGGUGCUAUUAGGGGGAGCGACGAGCAUGAGCGCAACGCAGCCAUUUGGGAAAGGAUGGCUCGACGGAAAAUGCUACGUAGUGAAAGACGGCAUCUACGCCGGCGCAGGGGUUCUGACGCUGGUUUCCAACGCCGCCGCGCUUGGCUCCGCCGCCGUCACCGUCAGAAAGGCCCAGGCUGAACAGGGUCGGAGAGUACAUGCCCAAACUGUCCUCGGCUUGUGACUCUUUUCUAGUUUUUUUGUUGUUAGACAGGAAAUUUACAGCAUAGAUAUAGGAGAUAAAAGAAAAGCAAACUUGCAUACAUAUACAGAGUUACAAAGAAGAAUGAAAAGGAACUGGAAAAGAAUUUUGCCAACAGCUUGUUCGUCAUCUCAAUUACAGUUGAGCUUUCCUUUCUCAAGAGAGGGGGAAGGUUAAAUUGCUCAUCCACUUUAGUCCGCCAUUUCGUUGCCCUGUGGCCGUGGGUCAUCGUCCUCCACUCACCCUGUUUCUGCUGAAUUAGACAGAACAGCAGAGAUGGGAGAGGUUGAGUUGAGCCUAACAUUGUUUAUUCCGAAUUUGGUGAGUUGGAUAAGGAGACAAAUGAGCGACG